AUGUGUCGACUCCUGAACGUCCUGCUGGCUUUGCUGAGUCGCUUCCUGUUUGCAGUCCAUGGUGUGGUCACAGUGUGGCGUGUGGUGGCCAUUAAAGAGGAGCCACUUUAUUGGCUGUUGCUGACGGGCGUGGCUCUGCUGGGUGUGGAAAUGGCUGUCACCCUGAAGUGCACCCGAAACGCUGAGUGGAAAUGGUUCUCCCCCAUGGUUUUCCUCUACCUCAGUACUGUCAUCCCGUCCAUUUGGUUUCUGGAGCUGAGCCUGCUACAGUCCAAGCUGCCUGUCAACAAUUCCUCAGGGCCUGAGCUUCAUUUGCUGGCUCACAUCCCGAUCACAGCGGGCAUUGUGGAGCUGGACCCAGAGAUUUGGGUGGCUGGACUGGAGCAGACCAUGCUCAUAGUGUUGGUUCUGGGCCGCUGGCUGAUGCCCAAGGGGGACAUGUCUCGUGACCAGCUCUCCCAGCUCCUCAUGGUCUAUGUUGGUCUGGGUGCUGAUAUCCUGGACAUCUUCGACACCUUCAAGGAACCGGAGGUCAAAACCAACCGAGUGGUUGUUAUCAUCGGCUUGGCCCUCUUCUCUUGGGCACUCAUGCAGUUUCCUCUGGUGCUCACCCAGACACAACCCCCAAAGGGUGAACUUGCACAGAGGAGCGUAUGUGGUUGCUCCUGCUGUCCAGGUACUCCAUCAGCAUUCACCUCUUGCUGCUCCAGUGAAGUGUGGAGCUUGUUGCUCACAGUGGGACUUCAAGAUGGCCCAUUCCUGCUUUACCGUCUCUACCUCAUGGUCCAAGAGCAGGUACUCAACCAGCUGAUGAUCUUUUUCACCUGUAAGAACAUACUUAUUGUUCUCUUGGAGCUUUAUCGAAUAUUUGUUGUGCAGUGCGAGCAGUCGGUAGGGGAAUCAGGAAGGUGUGCUGCUUUGGUGGUCCGGUGUCGAACCAAGACGGAUGGGGAGGAGGUGGAAGAGGAAGCGGGUAGAGAGGAAUGUGGUGGAGAGCAAAACCUUCAUACAGACACAGAAAGGAGUAAUAAGAGGGAGGAAGAUCAGAGAGAUGUCCAGGUAUAG